AUGGUUUCCUACUCAAUCUUAUCUGUUUUGGCCCUUGCUUCAGUUGCAAUUGCCGGCGACACUCCAAUCCAAUCUGACUCAGCAGACCAACCUUCCUUGCAAGCUACGUUUAAAAAGAAAGCAACUUCUGAUGUCACAGGAACAAUCACCUUUGAACCAGCAACCAAUGGAUCAGUCUUGGUUAAAGUUGAUGUUGAAGGAUUGCCUUCAUCAGGAGGACCAUUCCCUUACCAUAUUCACGAACUUCCAGUUCCAGCUGAUGGAAACUGUACUGGAACCAAGAUGCACUUGAACCCAUAUGGUGGAAAUGAGAAUGCUACUACUCCACAAGGUAAAGAAGCUGGUGACUUGGCCGGAAGACACGGUAAGAUCCAAGGUCAACUGUUCUCCACUGAAUAUGUCGACAACUAUAUUUCUUUGAACCCAGACUCAAAGACCUACUUUGGUAACUUAUCCGUUGUUAUUCACUUUGCCAACAGUAGUAGAAUCACUUGUUCCAACUUGACAGAGAUUGAGUCUAAAGAAGGCGGUUCCAAUGAAACAAGCUCAAGUGAACCAGGUGUUUCAACUGCUAAUGGUGCUGGAAAGAUGCAAGCUGGAGGAUUACUUGCCGGUGCUGUUGCUGGAGCAGCAGCUUUGUUGAUCUAA